ACCCAAAACCCUAAAAGGAAGGGCUCCAAAGUUAUUUCCCGUUCUGGUUCUGCCUCAACCCAGGGACUGAGGUUUUUCGCCGUUAAAAGGGCGUUUCGAAAGAGCAGCAAGGAGGAGGGGCAGGCAGGAGACAGCAGUUUGACACGGUCGUCGAGCUGCUCUAAUCGGACUGUGAAGUCGGUGAGUUAUUGGAAGUGUUCAGCGAAUAUAGAGAAGGAGAGGACCGUGCUAUAGUGACAGAGCUUCAGCAAAACAAGAAUACAUUUGAUAUUGUUACGGAAUGGGGAAGCUGGGGAAGAAGGCGAGGAAGUUCGCGAAGAAGAAUCUUCAGUCUGUGCUCAAGAGACAGCGGAAAUCCAAGUCUGUGUUCAAAAAGAAAGCUUCUAAAAGAGAUGAGCAUGAUGCUGCUGAAGACCAAAAAGGUGUCAACACAGAGCUGUCUAAUGGAAGAAACCCUGAAGGUGGAGAUAUUGAAGACAUUGCCCUUGAUACGAUAUUUAGUGAAGAUGACAGUGAUGUGACCAGAGACGAUUCAGAGAGUGAUGGAUAUCUCUCGGAGGACUUGAGCUGCACGUAUGUUGCUGAAAGUGGGAGUGAGGAUUAUCUUGGAGACAACAGUGGAGAUAAUGCAUUGUCGUUGCAGAACAGGGAAAUUCAUUUAGAUCUUGCAAAGAAGACAAAAAAAUUAAACAGGUUGAAGGAAAAGGAUUCAAAAUUUUCCAAGUUGUUGGAAAGCUAUGAUAAGGGUCUUCAACCUUUCAGAAAUGAGGAGACUCAGUUUUCUGAUGAGGACGAGACAAGUAACGAAGGCAUGCAGUCAAAUGAGUGCAAGUUUUUUACCGUAUCUGCUGUUAAAUUUUGGUGUCGACUGGUCAAAGAGCAGAAUAAUUUGUCUGCCCUAACUUGUCUCAUAAAUGGGUACCGUGCUGCAUGCCACUAUGGAGCCCAAUCAACUGGUGUUUUUGAUGCUGAUUCGUGUAAUAGAAUUCAGAACAGCGCAACUUUCUGUGAGAUAUUGAUGUUCAUGCUUCAUGAGGGUGAUAAUAUAUUUCGGGGGCUACUGGGAAUAUCGAGCUCCAAGUGCAGGAAGGAGACAAUUUUGGAUUUGAAGAAUACUUCAAAAUGGAAAGCUUUGAAGCCGCUGGUCAAAUCUUAUUUGAGGAGUACCCUGUUUCUCCUGAAUCAAGUUACUGACCAUGAGAUAUUGGCCCUCUCCUUAGUCAGACUCAGAUCGUCAAUGAUAUACUUUGCUGCUUUCCCUUCUUUACUGCACAGAUUGAUUAAGAUUGCUGUUCAUUUAUGGGCAACUGGCAGAGAGACUCUAUCGUCACACUCCUUUCUCAUCAUAAAAGAUUUGGUGUCUGUGUUUAGUUCCAGUUGCUUUGAUACCUGCUUGGUUAAAACAUACAAAGCCUUUAUUGGUCACUGUCAAUUCAUGGAGCCAGAUCUGUUUAAACACAUGCAAUUUCUGAGAAACUCCUUGGUUGAGCUGUGCUCCUUGGAUGUGCACAAAUCAUCUAAUAAAGCAAUGAUUUGUAUUAAGCAAAUUGCUAAGAUACUGCAGCAGGGUCUACAAACGAAGAAGAAGGAAGCACUCAAGAAAAUAUGCAGUUGGCAGUACACUAAUUGCAUUGAUCUCUGGGUUAUGUUUAUAGCAGCAAACAUACGUGAUUAUGAUCUUCAGCCGUUGCUUUUUUUGGUCAUUCAAAUUAUAAAUGGAGUGGCUUUCCUGUUUCCUGGACCAAGAUAUUUACCUUUAAGACUUAAAUGCAUCCAAUGGUUGAAUAAUCUCUCGAGUUCUAGUGGGAUUUUCAUCCCUGUUUCAUCUUUGGUGUUGGCUGUUUUAGAAUAUAAAGUUGGCAAGGAUGGUGGAAAACAUGGAAAGGCCUUCAACUUCUCAUCUGCUGUUAAGUUGCCAAAAUAUUGGUUAAAAUCCCAGAACUUCCAAGAAGAGUGUGUUUCAUCUGCCAUUGAACUGCUUUCGGUGCACUUUGUUCAAUGGAGCUACCACAUAUCUUUUCCUGAACUGGCAACUAUUCCUCUCAUCCGUCUUAGGAAAUUUCAUGAGACCACUACUGUCGAGCGUUUCAAGCGUGUGGUGAAGCGUUUUAUUGAUCAGGUGGAGCAGAACAUAGAGUUUGUGCAGAAGAAAAGAGAUGAGGUGGCUUUUUCACCAAAAGAUCAGCAAUCUGUUGAAUCAUUUCUCCAGCUGGAGAAACACAAUGGCAAAUUCCGCUUUACAGAGUAUUACAGAAGCAUCAUGGACAAGGCUGCUUCUAGAAAUCUGGUGUUGAAUGAUAAGUUUCCUGGAGCAGAGAAAAUCAAAAAAGAUGUCGGUGUUAAUGGCAAAGGACAUUUAGAGAAAAGAAAAGUAGAUCUGGAGAUUGAUGGUGAAGGAGAUAAAAAGAAUGGGAAGAAAACUAAAGUUUGAAGAUUACUGCUCACGACAAAUUACCGCAUUCGAUUCUAUGUAAGAUUCAGAGGGCAGAUAACUUUCUCAAAUUAUUUAUAAUUUUUUUUUAUCAGUUUUUGAUACACCCCUAUUUAGGCGUUUAGAAUUUAUAUAUGUGGAGAUGAGGUCUGCUGACAUCUCUCUUGGGUUUUGUUUUUUGAUAUUAGAGAGGGACCUCAAAAAUUUUGGAACCGUGACAACAUGCUCCAUUGUAUAUUUAGGCAUUGAAGAUGUGUAUCUUCUUAUUGGUGCUUCGAGCCCAAUUUCUUCCCAUAUGAUUAAGUUCCUUGCAGAAUAAGAAUUAAGUAGUUGGCAAGUCCCUAUUCCAUUA